AUGAGCAAGUCGAUGGCACAUCAGACCCGAGGUCUUAGUUCUAUUCAAACAGAAUGCUUUCUGAGUGAGCUUUUGGGAGGUAAUAACGAGAAUGAAGCGGAGGAUGAUAUUGAAGACUGGAAGGUAGGCGAAACCGUAUGCAAUGAAACUGUGGAGCUUAUGUCUUCCGAUUUUGACGAAAGUAAGUCGACUGCUACUUUAACGAAUAUGGGCUGGACCGCAUCGGACACUACUAGCCCGAUCUUUGCCAUUGCUUCUGUGGAAACAGUCCAUACCUUGGAUCCGUUUGCAAGGGCCAAAAUAUUGAAUUUUAUUCAGCGAAUGCUUUCCCUUCCUUCUUCCUCCUCUUCAAAUACCAGGGAUACAGACGUAGUGAGGAAUGGUUCUCAUGAAGCUUUGGAUAAAUCUGUAUACGUGCCAGAGGUACGAGAGGUGCAGGGUAACCCUGGUUUUGGAAAACAAUAUCAUGCCACUUUGAGGUUGCCUCUGCCAUCAGAGUAUGGCCUGCGCUAUGGUGAAGGUUUUGCAAGCACUGAGAGGGAUGCGGAGCUAGUGGCAGCAAUGCAUGCUGAGCGUGUUCUUGACAAACUGGGGUUUCACAUAUACCAGCUUUCUUCCAAGCAAUCUCGACAUGCCGAGGCCGCACGAAAAGCAGGACGUUGGGCCCCUAUGCCUGAUGAAGGGGAAAGAGGUCUAUCCCGGCCCCCACCAACCACGUCUUCCCCACCUUCUCUUCAAUACGUCAUGGAAAACACAACAAUGAGUGUGUCGCGACAGCUCCAAUUGGAUAAGGUACACUUUGUUAACGUCACUCGAGGUGUUUUCACCCCUUUUAAGUUCACACUUGCCUCGCCAUAUUUCUUAGAUUUUGGAAGUAUUAAACGGAUUAAAUACUUUUUCGAGGCUUAUAAAGCCAAUAUUAAUAACUUCUCAAAAGUUAUUGCACUACACAAAAAUAUCAACAAAGAAAAUAAAAAGCAUGGAGACAGUGAGUGCGGAAGUGAUCAACUCAGUGACGACAUUACAGAAACAGAUCACUCUUUUUUAGCACAACUGAAGCUACCUAUUGCAUCUCGUUUCGGCGAAAGAGUAUGCAUGGGGAUAGGACCAACCAAAAAGGAGGCCAUUGCAUUGGUAUGUAUGCAUGCGGAGUUGACUAUCGAUACCUUGGGGCUUGCCCUGUACCCCAUAAGCAAGGAGAAGCAGUCUCUGCAUGUCAUGGAAUGCGAAAAGGUACAGCGAUGGUGUGCGCCUGUGGAGAAUUUCGACUUUCGUUACGAUGCUGUCUCACCGCCGCCGCUGCGGAUUCUACCAGGCCACACAGCGGCGAUUCACCGAGGGACGUCAGUUUCGUCGUCCGAAGCGGAUCUGACUCAACACCGCCGUGUUGGUGAAUACCGCAUAGGAGGUGUACCUGUAUUCGUGGCCGAAGGGACUGGUGAAAAGCAACAUAAUGAAAAUGGUAGAACUAUGCCACACACUAUCCCACUAUGUGAUAAGUUCAGUGGGUGCAUUACGAGCACGGAACCCCUUAUCGCUGAGCUACAAAAUGGCGAUACUUCGGUCGAGUCUAUGCUUCUAAAGCAUAGCUACGCAGUGAAAAACUUUAGUUGUGUGCAGGACGUUGGAAGCGUAGACAAGUCGGCAAAGCUGUUAUUGGAUCACUAUUUAGAUUAUUAUUAUCAUUCUAAAAGGUUUAAGGACACGAAACCGUUACCAGGAAGUCCUUUUGGCAAAGAUGUACUCUCACCGUAUCUGGUUGAGUGUCUCGGUAUCAAAUUUCAUGAGACAUACCGAGCCACUAUAACGGUCUAUCUUUUCGCAUCCGGAGGGGUUUGUGAAAGCGGGAGUUCGGGCCAAAAUGACGAGGCGCGUGAUAAGAAUGCUACCUUUACGGCUAUCGGUAUAGCCAAAACCCACCAUGAAGCUGAAAUAGCAGCUGCGACACAUGCGUUGAGGGUCUUGACUGCUUUGAAUCACCCAGUAGUAUUUUCUACGGAGUCCAAGUUCUUACUUUCUUCCUUCAUAGCUGCGUUGAGCAAAGACAGCAGGCAAAACAGUUUCCAACCCUACGACCCCACAAAGCGUGUCAAGGAGUUGCACGAAAUUGCGUCGAAUCCCUUAUGUGUACCUGUGCGCUGCAUAGGGAAGGAACACGUAGGUCGUAUUAUCAUCCCUGGUCUUUCCGAAAAACAACUAAUCACUACUUCAGAGAAUACUGGUGUUACCGCAGCAUACCAUUCUUCACUAACUUCCUCGUCACGAGUUUUUAAAAUCCUUAACCAAGAUGCAACAAUUAUGAAAGCUCUUUUUCAAGCCCGCAAGACAUUACCAAAGUCUGACUGGUCUCUGGAAGAGGAUGGCAACAACCGCAUCGUGGUAAACCCGGCUUCUACUCGAGAGACAGGGCGAGGCUACAUCCACACGUUGCCGGGAGUACGAACCCCUGAUGGUUUUGCUAUUAAUCGACUACAAGACUACCUUGAACGGCACGGAAAGUGUCUGGAAACCUCGUUCAUCCACUCGUGUCAUGAAGUUGAUGACGAAGGUAUUACGAUAGGUCAAGGGUCGUCAACACAGGCCAAUUUAGCUGUGCCUCAGAGUGGUGGCAAUGGUAAAAAGUCACUAUGUCCACUUCUGCACGUUGUUAAAGUAAUUUUACCAGUUUCACAAAGAUUUGGUCGCACAUCAGAAAGUGACCAGGGCUCGGUGAAAGGUGAGGAUCUUAAGUUGCCGGGGCGUUUUAUUGCGCACGGUGAGGGGUACAACGAAGCUGAUGCCCUGCUGAUGUGUGCCAUGCAUGCGGAGUUACUUUUGGACACACUUGGAGUUCCUUUUUAUGAUCAUCCUGUGUUGCAACGUAAACACAUCGAUACAGCCAAUAUGCUGGGCCGCCAAACUGCUGUUGGCACUACCGUGAAGGCACCGCCACCUGUACGCAAAGAGCACCCAAACUCUUGCUUAUGGGCUCGCAUGCAAAUUCAUCUUGCGAAAGAAUCGACAACGCCAUCUCAGCCCUUAUUUGAGAAUUCAGGAGUAGUGGAAACGCCCACCACUGUUGCGUUUCAUUCUAAACCUGAAAUGACGGCGCAAACUGAUAUUUUUUUUCCUAAUAAUUUGCCAGGGUCGUCGGCCAAUGGCUCAGAUGUGACUGACUCUUCAUCGUUUGAGUUCACGGAUGAUAAUCUUUGCGAUUUUUCUAAGCUUCAGCCCAUUCAUAGCACUGAAGUAUUUCGCACUUCUUUGAAGCACAUUCGACAUUAUUUUCAACAACAAGGCAGCGAUUUCUUUCGUAUGUUGCGGCAAUAUUCCGUCAAGACUUCGUGUCACGGUAUUGUGUAUCGUGCUAUUGUUGAGAUUCCGGUGCCUAAGAUAUACAACAAGCGCUUCGCGGUGGGAUGUGCUAGCACGAAGGGGCGGGCACUAAACCUUUGCGCGUCUCACGCUAUCUGGACGUUAGAUGCGCUGAAUAUUCCAAUUUAUUCAGGUUGGGCUCAAACUGAUUAUGCAAAGUCAUCCAGGCUAGUUGGCCGACGCUCCCCAAUGCCGGGAGAUCCUCUUAUGCCUGGGUAUACGCCUUCCCCUAGAGGCUUGUGUGACAUGUCCGUUGGUGCCAUAGAACGACCGGAUCCUCCAGUUCUACCGUCUUUGGAGCAGAUCGGAAGGGAUGCCGCGGUUUGGACAAGCUACGUUCGCUUAUGUAAAAUUUUCUACAAGAAAAACGAAGAGAUCACUUUGCAUGAGUCACUAUUUCAAUUACAUCAGGCACCACGUAGCGGAGUUGAGGUCGAGGAUAAGGGCUUGAGCUCAGUGGAGCUCAUGCCUAUUAACAACCGUGCCAAACACCAACUCGUACGUCUCUGUGCAGAUGUCGGUUUGCCACGACCCGAUGAUUUUCGGUAUAAUAUCUAUACAAGGGCAUCUGAGAAGUGGUUUCUUGUAGAAACCCCUGUUUUAGGAACUGUUUUCAAAGCCCGCGGUUUGGCACAGAAUCCUGGUGAUAGUAUAUUACGGGCAGCAAUGCACUACGAGUAUUUGAUUCGAACGGCUGUUCUUCCUCAAAGAGCCUUGUCAAAUACUGAUAAAAGCUUCCAAAGUGGGCGUCUUGUUCCCACCACUGGUGAGCGGUCGCGACGAGGAAUGGAACUUUUUGAUAGCACCAAGGGUGAUUUCUCCACACAGGGCAAAGCAGCCGUUUUGGCGCUUUAUGCUGCAACGCACCGCCCCUACCAGCCUGUGCAGCUCAUUUUGCGAGAAGGCGCAGUUGAUCCAGCACUACCACCGGUCUCGCUUCACACAGCAAGUAAAAUAGCUAACAAUAAUCCACGUGUAGGUAUGCAUGUAGUUGUGACAGCUGAUCUAAGUGAUGAUCUUGGUUUGCGUCACUCGGCCAAGGGGGAGCACCCAAGCAAUGUAUCUGAGGCGAUAGAGCGAGCUUCAAGCGGUCUUUUUCACCUCCUCCAGCGCAAAGCGAACAUCCAGUUCAUUGGUCAGGUCAUCAAACGUCACCCUUCUAUCUGCAUGGGGACUUUAUGCAAACUUGCAUUUGAUAAGACGGAUACCGGCGUUGUUGCAUCGGAUGCAAUGUUAAUUUCACUUUGCAAGGCUGCGAAAAAAAUUGUCGAUUCAGCUCCUUUUUUGAGUGAGGAAUUCAUCUUAGAUGAAUUGAAGGGCCUACCGAUGGAGGGGUCUAGGGAUUUAUUAAGCUCGUCUUACGCGGUGAUGCUGCUAGACAUCGUGACCCGCCGAUUAGAUCAGUCCACUAUACACGCGCCGUUGACGACCUCUACUUUUAUGUGUGAUAACUUCGCAGCCCUUGGUCUUCUUCCUAAGUCUGUUCACGAAGCUGCAAGUUCAAAGAAACUUGAGCCAUAUGAAACAUCAAAGGAGAAGGUCACCUCUAUUGCUGGAGUUGUUGCCCUCUUAAUGCAGUGCAUUCCGCGACAAGCUUCAGUGGGGAGACAAGACUUUACCCUCCUGAACGGGCCACUGCUUCCUAUUCAACUGGGUAAGUUACUUCUUGCAGGGUUCCUCUUUGAUUGUGUACCUUUCACCAUACGUAUGGCGGCCAUGGUUAUGGACUUGCAGAGGAUUUGUGUUGUUAAUAACCAUUCCCACACCUUCUCAGGCCAAGAGGGUGAAGGGGGGGGUCAGGAGCUGCAGUGGCAUGACUGGCGAAGUGUCGAUCUUGUAGAGGAGAUUCUUCAUCCGUCGGCUCCUCUACUAUCUUCUGUAACAUCAUAUGAGAUCGAAAUAGCUAUGCGUUUAUGUGAGCUUCAAACGCUAGUUGAGAAAUAUGUUCCUGCAUCCAAACUCGCGGGACUGUUUUCUCCGUUUCGUGACCUUAAAGAGUUCCAGCGGCAAGCAAAUCACCGGCAUAAUGAAGCAAUGUCGAAGGAUUCUACUUUUCUUGAAACCCGACUCCAUAUGUGUGUGGCAUUCGCCACAUAUCCACAGAUCCUUACUCCUAAACCUGAGAGCCCGCGCAUCGUGGAGGGAUCAAUUGUUCUCGAUGCAGCUGAUCCUUCCAUCACAGUGCUGGAGCCAAUGGACGGCGCGCAACAGGCCUACAUCAAGACAGUGCCCCACCACCCACGCGCCCCCUUUGCGUGUUUCGACACCUCGUUGCGCAGCAACACCGAUACCGAGAAGACCGUUUCAUCUUCUGAAGUGGAUGUCCAAAGGAAACGGAAGAAUCACCUUCCUCGGCAAGUUGGGGUAGGGCACGCGCACAUAUGCGUCGCUGGCUCUUCCGUGGCUUCUGUUGUAAAUAUUGUGGCGACUGUGCUAAGUUGCAACAAACACCACGUGCUUUCUGUUCAAGAAGAGAUUCCAAAUUUGGGGCUUAUGUUAGAUGGGACUCUACCUCUGGUGUUUCCAUCGGCGGCCGUCAUGGAAGCCGUGUGUGAACUUCAGACUGUAUUUGCACAGUCCUUGAGCUACUUGAGAUCACCACCACAUGAUGCCCUGCAUGCGUUGGAUAUACUGUUACAUUCGUGUGAAAGUAGCAAUAAACCGUAG